AGAUUUGACUGUUUGUUUUUUAUCAGUUUUUUAUUCUAGAAAAAAAACAUCAAGAAUCAGGAAUUACUGAAUUGUUCUGUUCAACCAUAGAUCUAAUUCGGUUCAACAAUCAAGUGUUCAACAAAAAAGGUUCAACCUCAUUUAAAAAUUCUUCAUGCUUAAAAAAAUCAAGAAUUUAAUGUGAACUGUGUAUUUUGUGAACUACCAAACUGAUAAUGACCUCUGUGUGGAACUCAGUCAGAAAUAUAUUGAAGCACCAUGAUAUACUUAAAGUUUCUUCACGGAACUUGAAUUUACUGGAGUACCAGAGCAAGAAUCUAUUGAGAAAAAAUGGAGUUGCAAUUCAGGAUUUUUGUUUAGUUGAUGAACAUGGGUCUAACGAAUUGGACAAAUUCAAUGUGAGAGAGUAUGUGAUCAAAGCUCAAAUUCUUGCUGGUGGGAGAGGAAAAGGACAUUUUGACAAUGGAUUCAAAGGAGGAGUUCAUAUCACCAAAAAUCGAUCCGACAUAGACAAUAUCGUAAAACAAAUGCUGGGACAUAAACUGAUCACCAAACAAACACCCACCCAAGGUAUCGAAGUCAGGAAAAUAAUGAUAGCCGAGAGCGUGAACAUCAAAAGGGAGACCUACCUGUGCAUUCUGAUGGACCGACAGAAAAACGGUCCCGUGAUCAUUGCCUCACCGGCAGGUGGCGUCGACAUCGAAGGGGUAGCCGAAAAAACUCCCCACCUGUUGAAGAAGAUGCCGAUCGACAUACUCGAAGGGGUCACCCCGGAAAUGGCCGACGAACUAGCCGAUUUCCUGCAGUUCAAAGGGACAUCAAAAACUAUCGAUCGUUUCGAUAGUGUAAACCUGUCGAUACUAUCGAUAGUGCUAUCGAAAUCUUUUCCACCUCUAUUCGAAGGCGAGCUGAAAGCGAAAGCAGCCAAGGAAAUAGUGAAGCUGUGGAAGCUGUUCGUCGCCGUCGAUGCUGUUCAAAUCGAGAUCAACCCUCUGGUCGAGACUGACGAGAACGAGGUCGUCGCAGUCGAUGCCAAAUUGAAUUUCGAUGAUAAUGCCGCCUACAGACAGAAGGAUAUAUUCGCCAUGGAGGAUACGAGCGAGAGCGAUCCAAGGGAGGUUGAGGCUUCCAAGUACAAUUUGAAUUAUGUCGGACUGACUGGGAGCAUCGGGUGUUUGGUGAACGGUGCUGGAUUAGCGAUGGCUACUCUCGAUAUCAUCAAACUACACGGUGGAGAUCCCGCCAAUUUCCUCGAUGUGGGGGGAAAUGUGAAAGAGGAGCAAGUCAGAGCGGCUUUCAAAAUUAUCACAUCAGAUGAGAGGGUCAAAGCAGUUUUGGUAAAUGUGUUCGGAGGAAUCGUGAAUUGCGGCAUAAUAGCCAAUGGCAUUGUCGGUGCUUUGAGGGCAGAGCCUAUGAGAGUGCCUCUGAUUGUUCGCCUCGAAGGGACUAAUGCACCAGAAGCUAGGAGGAUCAUCAAAGAAUCUGGAUUGGAUAUAAUAACCAUUGAGAAUAUUGAUGAAGCAGCCAAAAUGGCAGUCGGCUUUAAGUAAUUUGGCUGACACUUGAAAUAUUGUUGUCUAUUUUUUUAUCAAUUUAUAUUGUGCCUUAUCUGUUGCAUUUUAUUCUGUUAUUAGUGUACUGAAUCGUUUGAUAAUAUCCAUUGUCAUUCAAUAAAAUUUCAAUAUUAUGUACAAU